AUGGUGGCUCGGUCUACUGGAAACUGCAUAAGGGUACGCCCAGGUCAUCUCUUGUGCUUGUGGUUUUUGAAACAGAACAAUGAUGAUUCGGGUUUCAGUACACAGCUCUUUCAUGAAGAUCAAUUUCAGAGCAUGCAUAAAAUAGGUGCUCUAAGCACAGAACAUUCGAGUAGUGCUUCCCUUCGGUUCAUGCAUUCUAGACCAUAUGAACUAGUCUGCUGUGGUGAAAUCAAUUGUCCAUUAUUCAGUACACUUGACCUUUGCAUGGAUAAAAAUUCACUCAAUAUUUUUAUGCUGCCUUGUGAGACUUUGCUGGACACGGGAUGUCGCUAUCACAUGGUGCAUGGUGAAAUAGAUCCAAAAAUGUUGCAACCAUCAUGUAUUCAUUGUGAUCAGUCAACAGGUUACUUUGAGAGUGGCUCUGCUCGAGCAUAUCUGAAAUUGGAUGAAACUUAUGCUGCUGUUGUUCACGAGUGCGCGCAGAGAACUUCUCAAGACUGGGGUAUGCUACUCUCUUUCAAUCAGAGACCACCUGGUGUGUAUUUUGGACUAAUGGCAAAUCUGCGUACUCCUGCUCUAUCUGUAGAUGCUUCAUUGCAGCCGUCGGUGAUUCCCACUUAUGCAAGCAUACAGAUUGGUAACACUCAAUGCAAGUGCGUGUGCACUACCCCAGGCUUAUUUGGCAAAUGGUUAGAGAAGUCUGGGAGCAGUAAAAACAGCAAGGUUGUCUGGCAAACAUCUAUGGAAUAUUUUUGGAGAAUGUGUGCUAAUCAGGCCCUAAAUAUGCCAUUUCUAAUUAGCCUCAUGAGUAACUCAUGCUCAGCUGGAGGGAUCAUAUUCACCUCAUGUGAUCCUUUUAAUUCUUUGAGAAAUGGUGACCAGCUUAACAGUCGGGAGAGCACCACGGCUACUUAUACGUUGGCAUUAACCACUUCCAUUCAGUUCAUGUCCUCUGUGGGAGUUGAGCGCUCGCAUUCAUCUAGUGAUCAAGGUGCAGGCAAAGGUACUGACAAGAAAAAAAAAUCUGCUGACUGCUCCGUAUGAUGUGUGGCCUACAAGAUGUCUGAAGUUUGUCACUGAAGGACCAUCUGAGAGUUGGCGAGUUUUUCGGCUGAAACCUGCCCGGCAUCAUUAUGACCUGGACUGCACUAUUAGAAAGCUCCUGGUUGUUGCAAGAAUAUCGACUAGAAGUGUUCAGUUUACUUUCAUGGAAGCAACGACAUGGACUUGCUCUGAAGUGUUGCACUGCAAAAAUGGCCAACUAGACUUACUCUGUUACAAAAAGGUGCGACACAGUUUUGAUGCAAAAAUGCUCCAAGGCCAAGAAAUGGCGUUAUGCACUAGAACUGGAGAUUUGUUGCUCCUUCCGAAUCAAAGAUGGCACUAUUUAUGCUGUGAUUGCUCCUGUGAUCUUACCAAUGCUUCGGUCAUUUUGUGGGUCGACUACCCUGCCGAUGAAGUGCAAAAGUCAGUGGAUCCCAGGAGCAUCACCAUGACUUCUUCUGACCUUCAGCCGCAAAAGAUUCUACUGGUGCUAGUAAUCAGCAAGAGAGCGCCGGCCAUGAGUGGUACAACGUCAUUUACAUGGUACAAUAAAGAUCAUUUUCAAGAAGGGAGGGGUGUCAUUGCCGUCGCCAUCGUCUCCGCGCAAGGCUUCGUCAGCCAUAGGACCUACUUCGGCUUCGACUGUGACGGCUACUUCUCCGUCGCCUUCUUCACCAAGGUUUUCAACAACCACAGCAACUACUUCAACCGGGUCUCAGUCGGCCAUGACUACUACUACCCCAGCUCCAACUGCUUCUCCAAGCUCCUUCAAGUCCAACCCAACUAUGGCUGCUACCGCGACAACCACCAUGGCGACCCCGGCACGAUCAAGGAUCUUCAAGUUCCAUGGGAUCCUGGUGAACUCUUCGUGCUAGCAGCUUGGGGGCAAGCCGCAUUUCAAGAAGGGAAGGAUGUCAGGGGCCUUAUAUCUCCUCCAUGUCAUGUGGGCUGGUCCUUUGGGCCUCCGGGUGGGGCCUGGCCCAUGUCACGAUCAGGGGCAGCUAACUACAAGUAUACUGCAGGAGGCUACGAGGAGAUCAUCCAGUGGAUCAACGAACCGGCGGCGGCGGCUACCUCUCUCCCCUAUCUCCCUCCUUUUCCUUUCCUCCAGUUCAUGUGUUCUUCCUCCAUUAGUGUAACCAUUCCUCUGUAAUCACCAUCAUGUACUGAACCUUGUGUUGGAGUGAGAUUAAUCUAGAGGGAGAUCGCUACUCUUACACUGAAACCAAACAUUGGUUAGAUGUUC